UUUAUAUUAUUUUUCAUAAUAAUAAAAUUUUUAACUAAUUAACAUUGACGGCAUUAUUUUUUUUGUUGUAUCAUUUCACCUUGAUAAACUUGACGGUUAAACACACACAAACUCACUGUAAAAAACUCUUAGAUAAUAUAAAUAAAAAAUUUAAUAGUUAAAGUGACAAAUUGAGGUUUGUUUUUGUAAUAGUUGUCAUGUUAAAAUGGCAAAUACUGUGUUAUUAAUAUUAACAAAUUCAUCAAAAGUAGGCAAAUUAUUACCAGUAAUCCAAAGACAUGUAUCUAAAACACUUUAUAUACAAUAUUUUCCCGACAAACAUUUACCAUCUGGUAGUUAUUCAUCAUUACUCCAAUGGAAAUUGUUACCCAACCAUUACCAAAAGAUUGCUAAUAUUUACGCACUAGCAACAACAUUCUUGUCAAAAAUAGACGUCAGAGUAUUAAUUUCAAGUACUAAAAAAAGUUCAUUAAUCUCUACAGUGCGUCCUAUUGAGUUAGUAAUUUUCGACAGGAAUUACAGUAAAGAGGAUGCUAAAAUGUUUGUUAAAAAUUGUAUAAAAAAUUCAGCUGAGCCGUGUAAUUUUAUGGCUAUUAAUAAUGAUAAUCAAGAUGCAGAUGAAUGUUCAGCUGAAACUCUUGAUGAUGAUGAUGUUAAUAACAACGAAAAUAAAAUAUAUAAUAAUACAGUUCUUGGUGGAACAUUUGACAGACUUCAUAAUGGCCAUAAAAUUUUAUUAAGUAAAGCAAUACUUGAAUGUUCCAAUAAAUUAACAGUAGGAGUUACGGAUAGCAGUAUGAUAUCUAGAAAAAUAUUAUGGGAGUUGAUAGAACCAUGUGAAAAAAGAAUGACCGCACUGAGAGAAUUUCUUAAUGAUGUAAAUCCAAAUUUAAUUUAUGAUAUUGUACCUAUAAGUGACGUCUAUGGACCAACCAAGGAUGAUCCUUCAUUUGAAAUGAUUGUAGUUAGCGAGGAAACCCAAAGAGGUGCAGCUAAAGUAAAUGAGCUACGUCUCGAAAAAGGAUUAAAUCAAUUAGAUAUUGAAGUUGUUAAAUUAGUUGAAGAUUCUCAUCAUAGGAACAAUGAAGAAAAUAAGAUAAGCUCAAGUAAUUAUAGGAUAAGGUUGCUCGGUACUCGAUUAAAAGAACCGAAUAUUACUGGGAAAUCUUUGAAACCUUAUAUUAUUGGUCUAACUGGAGGAAUCGCUAGUGGUAAAUCUUCAGUAGCUGAAAAACUAAACUCUCUUGGUGCUGAAAUAGUUCACUGUGAUAAAUUAGCCCAUGAUCUAUACAACCCCGGCCAGCAGUGUUUUAAUCAAGUUGUAGAAAAUUUUGGACAACAAAUAUUGACUUCAAGCGGUCAAAUUGAUCGCAAAGCUCUAGCAAAUAUUGUCUUCAAUAAUAAGGAAGAGCUUGAUAAAUUAAAUAGAAUUAUGUGGCCAGCAAUUCUUGAUGUUGCAAUGAAUAAAAUCAAAGAAUUACAAGCUCAAGGAGCAAAAAUAAUAGUAAUGGAAGCAGCUGUUCUUAUUCAAGCAAAAUGGCAAUAUGUUUGUCAUGAAAUAUGGACUUGUAUUAUUCCUCAUGAAGAGGCAGUGAAACGAGUAAUGGAACGGAAUAAUUUAAGUAAAGAAGAAGCUGAAAUGAGGAUAAAAGUUCAACCAAGUAAUGUCGAGCAGGUUAACGAAGCAACUGUUGUCUUAUCAACUUUAUGGAGUCAUGAUGUAACUCUUAGCCAAGUCCAAAAAGCAUGGGAAUUACUAAAUCAAUUUUUAUCUAAGCAAUAAUUUAUAUAAAUGAAAAUUUUUUAAUUGGAUAGAGAAAGAGAUUGUUAAUACAU